CCGGCCCUGGCAACUGUUACCAGGGUAACCAGGCGGCGCGCGGGCGGGCGGGCUGAGGGGCGAAGGCCGCGGCCGCCUCAGGCCGCUGUGAGGGGCCGGAGUUUCCUUCGUUAGGUCGCGGAGUGUGUGUGUGUGUGUUCCUGUGUUCCCAGCCACCUCCUCCGAGCUGAGGGGGGCGGUCGGGCCGGGCCCUGCCGAUCUCGGUGCCAGCUGAGCGCCUCCCGGCUGCCGUGUGGGCCUCGCUGAGGUGGUGCCUCCACCCGCGCUCCCCGCAGCCCCGCCGAGGCCUCGCGAUCGCUUCUGUCUUUUCUGCAGAGGUUUUUUUCCAGGACACGAUUAUGAGUGAUCAAAUCCAGUUCAUUGUUGAGAAGCUCAAUCAGGAGCCCUUCAGGAAGAACUACAAUUUAAUCACAUUUGACUCCUUAGAGUCAAUGCAGCUGUUGCAGCUGCUCAAUGAUGUUCUGGGGGAGAUUGACCCAAAGCAUGCUGUUGACAUUAGAGAGGAGCUGCCGGAACAAACAGCUAAAAGAAUGUUGAGUCUUCUUGGGAUCCUUAAAUACAAACCUCCAGGAAGUGUAUCAGACUUGAGUGUAUUUCGCCAAGGGUUAGUGACUGGAAGCAAACCUGUAAUUCAUCCUGUUUUACACUGGCUUCUUCAGCGGACCAAUGAACUCAAGAAAAGAGCGUACCUGGCACGUUUCUUAGUAAAAUUGGAAGUGCCAGCAGAGUUCCUACAGGAUGAUACUGUGGCUGACAUCAACAAACAGUAUGAAGAACUGAUGGAAGCAUUUAAAAACCUACAUAAGGAGUGUGAGCAGCUCAAAACAUCUGGUUUAUCUACUGCAGAAAUAAGAAGGGACAUCAGUGCAAUGGAAGAGGAAAAAGAUCAACUCAUCAAAAGAGUAGAGCGUCUUAAGAAGAGGGUGGAGACAGUACAAAAUCAUCAACGAAUGCUUGAGAUAGCAAGACAGCUUCGCUUAGAAAAAGAGAGAGAAGAAUCUUUGGCUCAACAGAAACAAGAACAAAAAAAUCAGUUGUUCCACACAGAGCAGAGACUACAAAGAGUACAGCUCCAGCUGAAAGAGAUGCAUCAUGCAGUAGUGGAUUCAAAACCUGAAAGUUUAAUGAAGAAACUGGAAGAGGAGAUAAAUUUCAAUUCAUACCUGGUUACUGAAAAAAUACCUAGAGAGCUUGAAAGUAAGAAGAAUUCAGUGUAUUUCUUACAAAAGGUGGUUGCAGAGCCAGCUAUGAGUCAAUCUGAUCUCAAUGUACUUGAAAUCAAGAUAAAUGAAGUAAAUGCACAAAUGAAUCAGCUUAUUGAGAAAAGAAUGAUGAAGUAUGAGCCAAUUGAUAGUAAAUUUUCCAUGUAUCGCCAACAGGCAUCUAUAAUUUCCCGGAAAAAGGAAGCCAAGGCAGAAGAACUGCAAGCUGCUAAGGAAGAGAUGUCCAGCACUGAAAGGCAGAUGCUGCAGAAGACCAGUCAGGCCCAUGAGUUAGAAGGCUCUGAAGUUCUGAAAGGGGAUGAGUUUAAACACUAUGUUAAUAAGCUCCGGAGCAAGAACACAUUUUAUAAAAAGAAGCGACUGGAAAUAGCAGAAAUUACAGCUGAGUAUGGUAUCCUCCAGAGGACAGAAGAACUUCUAAAACAGCGCCAUGAGGCUAUUCAGCAGCAGUUGCAAGCUAUUGAAGACAAGAAAGGUAUUUCUGGAUUUAGUUACACCCAGGAGGAGCUGGAAAGAGUAUCUGCAGUAAAGAGUGAAAUGGAUGAAAUGAAAGGCCGGACACUAGAUAACAUGUCUGAAAUGGUAAAAAAACUGAAUGCUAUGGUGGCAGAGAAGAAGGCAAGCUUAGCUCCCGUUAUCAAAGAACUGAGACAGCUGCGUCAAAAGUGCCAGGAAUUAACUCAAGAAUGUGAUGAAAAAAAAAUCCAGUAUGACAGUUGUGCAGCGGGGUUAGAGAGCAAUCGCUCUACACUGGAACAGGAAGUGAAAGGACUUCUUGAGGAGUGUGUUCAGGAAGAAAGCAACUACCGUUACAUUAACUGCAUGAUAAGGAAUCUAGAAAUACAGCUGCAGCGUGCUAAAGAAGAAAUGAAGGCAUACAUCUCCCCAGACCCACAGGAGAGACGAAAGGCAAUUCGAGAACAGUAUACACGAAUGAUCCUUGAGCAAGAAAACCUUGGGAAGAAAUUACGAGAGAAGCAGAAGGUUGUGCGGGAAAGUCAUGGGCCAAAUAUGAAGCAAAUUAAAAUGUGGCAGGAUUUUCAGCAGUUAAUGGAAUGUAAGAGAGAAUGUUUUCUGAAACAACAAAAUCAAACAGCGAUUGGUCAAGUCAUUCAGGAAGGGGGUAAAGAUAGGCUUGUGUUAUGAAUUCUUCCUCCUUGAUACUGACAUAAAGUAGGAAGACUGUGUUGGCAUCUUAAAGGUAACCUCUUACUAUGUAUUGUUGCUUUCAUCACUUCUACAUAAAUUUGUUGUACACUAUUUUGUUUUGGUGGAUAAACAAAAAGCACAACUAACAAUGCUACGAAGCUUUUUCUCCGUUGUUUAAGUGACAACAUAACAUGGCUAGGAAGAUCUGUUAUGAGAGCUGCACUAGCGUGAACCUCAUCGUAAAUCUUUGGUUUAUUAGGCUGGGAAUGGCAUGCAUCUGCAGAGAGAUCAAAGGAAAAGAAGUCCUUCUCCAGGGUCACAGAAAAUUUACAUAAUUGCUCUGCUCCUUAUUCUGUAUCACUAAGGUUACAUUUUUGCAAGGCCUGGGACUUGAUAUUGUAUAAUCGUGGGCCUCCUGGCUUGGCUCUCUCCUUCCCUAUUGUCUUUAUUCAUCCAGUGUGACUGACAAGAAUGGAGCCAUUUUCGCUCUGAGCUGCACAGACCUUGCCUGCAUGCUCCUAGUCAUACUUUCCUUGCACGGUUGAAUUAAACUGAUUGUGCUUCCAGGAGACAGUUCAUCACUACAGCGUCAGGAGUACGAGAUCUGAGAACAAUUAUUUGGAUUCUGAGCUUUUUCCAUUAUCUUUUGUUGUUGUUUUUAACAAAUGUAUUUUUCUUGCACAUAUUCCUUCUUCUAAUUUUUCUGAGUUGCCCAUGUGAAAGUGUUGACUAAAGGCUUUCUCCAUUGAGGACAUUUUGUGCUGUUUUGUCUGUGCAGCAUGGUUCCAAAGUGAUUACACUGUCCAGAGGCUCAUCCCAGGGAUGGAGGGUUACUGAUGGAUGUAAAUAUGGCACAGUGGCUCUUGCAUAUGUUCAGGUAUGCAAAACAGGUAGUUAAGCAAGGCUGCAUGUAUGGGGGCUUUGACCCAGGAGCUACAGGCAACUGUCACUGCCCUUAGAAUUGCACCAUGAGACCCACAGCUGACCCAGGGUAUGAGGAAUGUAGGUGAGGCUUGAAACUGUCCCUCACGCUUCGUUUCAGAUGAGCGCCUCUUAGCCACAAUCAAAGAUCAGAAGCAGAGAGAUAAGUCUGUGGGACCAGGACGCUUGUUAUUCUACUUUAGUCUCUUGGCUUAUUGAAUUUCUAGAUAGGGUUGGGGUGGGUUUUAUAGUUUUGUUUGUUUGUUUUUUUUUUUUUUUUAGUUUUUCCUGCCUGAAGUAGAAUGUCAUUUCAGGACAAAAACAUUAUUUAGCUUUCGCUGGUACCUAACUAUAAGUUCAUCUGUUUUCUAUACUGAGAGAGUAUAUGGUAAUUAUAUAUUUCCUAGUUUGCCUUUGCAUUGACUAUAUUUGUUAAAAGAACUAAACUAAAAUCUGAUGACUACCUUUUGGCUGUAUGGCAUUCUUUUUUUUACAUUUCUUAGGUGAAAGAAGGUAAAUUGUUAGUGACAAGUAGCUUGCUGGGCCACAGGAAAAAGAGGUUUGAAUGGGUCAUUUAAUUAAAUUUAUUAUAGGUGCCCCCAAAGGGUUCAAAACCACAGUGUAUGUAUAAGGUGUGGGUCUCAGAUCUACAGGUUCCCAGGACAUCCUCAUGUAAGCCUUCCCACGCUGCCAAAUAGCUGGGGAUAAUCUUUCUCAACAGCUGCACGCUAAUCUUUCCCAGGACAAGGAGAAGCAGCACGUUUUCCCCUGUGUGCAUUUACAGUGGAAAAAAAAGGUAGAGGUGGCUGGGGUGGGGAGAAUGGGCAGCAGUGCCACCACUCCCUGCCUCCAUGAGGUGAGUACGGGCCCUAGGGAGGCACUGGAGGCGGCUGUAUCGGUCGGGAAGGGAGAAGCUCUGGGAAGGGACAUAUGCGGACUGUAUAGUGUGCGCAGAGCCAUCUCCAGAGACACCUGUACAUUUUGGCCCUGCUGCCCUGUGCCUUUAUUACCAUACUUCACCUGCAUUGCACUGCAGGGCCUGCUGAGCUGAAGAAAGUUAUUGUAGUCACAGGCCUGGACUUCUAAAGGAGGGUUUUGCUGAAUACUUGCCAGCAAUAGUAGAAUAACACAGACAACUACAUAUGAGAUAUGCUGAAAACAUGGGAUGAUCACCAAAAAUGGGCAUUUAGGUUACUUAGGAAUCAGCGUAUGGUUCAGAGUCACCAGACGGGGCAGGGAGAAGGGGGGUUUGAUAUACUUCAAGUCAAAACUUUUAACAAAACCCUAGAAACCCUAUUUGACUAGAGCAUUUAUAUAAAGAUGUAUUACAUGGCUUAGCCUGCUGCCCAGAAAAAAAGCAAUGCUUUUGAAAUUCAUAGCAAUGAUGUAAAGUAAGAUUGAGUAUAAUAAUUUUCUGGUUUUCUGUUCAGUCACCCUAAAAAUAGUUCAUUUUUCUUCCUUGUAAAAACAGUUUAUUGCUGGUUACUCAAAGAUGACGUGAUUGUUGUUCUGAUCUGAUUAGUGUUCUGUCAUUUGUACUGCACCAAGAAAGGGCACACAGAUUAUACACUACAGCAGCAGCAAAAUGACUUUCUGAGAUGAAGCAGAAAAUCAUAAUAACCGUUAUGAAAAGAAAAUUUGAAAAACUUAAAUGCUAUUUUUAGCUUCUUAUAUAAGUGGACAUUUAAUAACUGCAACUCUAAUAGAUUCUGUUCACUGGCUUUUCCACCUAGUUUAUGAUUUGAUGGGAGCAUUCAAAAAUCUUUGAAUUUCACAGUUGUAUCUUUACUUCCUCACUUGAAACAAAAAACUUGUUUCUAUUUUUUUUACUUUGUUACUAUUAAUAGCCUAGCUGGUUAGCUAAUAGCAUUAAACAUACCACCUGGAGGAAUACCUGCCUUUCCCUUGUGAAGAUCCAAAUAAAUAAAAAAUGUGCAUAGCUAAAUCUGGGGCUCCAGCACUUCCCAAAUUUCUUCCACUUGGAACACUGAUCUGAGCAGUCACUCGUUAGCAGCAGCUUACUUUGCUUCAAAAGGCUUCUCCUUAUCUUUACCCAGAACUGGAUGAGGAGGUAUUCCAGCUAUAGGAUUCUGCAGCUUUGCAUUUAUUUAGUCAUGUUGAGAUGAGAUAAUUGCAGGCAUCAGAAAUAGAUAGGAGGAAACAGUACAUCUACCAAAGUAUAUGACCAGCCAUUGUACCAUCUGGAUAUCAGAUUAUUUUGAUAUUACUGGUACCGUUUUGCUUCCAUUUGAACUAUAAUAAAUAAAAUAAAUGUUUUUAGAGUUCCUUAAGUAACUCAAAUCUAGGAUUCCUUAUUUGUAUAUCUUUACUCACAUGGAUAGUACUACUAAUGUCACAUGCAUAUAGGUAUCCGCAAUCAUAAAAGUUAGACCCUGCUGUUGUAUUUAUUAUGUUCACAUAUACUGAUUUCCAGAGUUUUCUUGGUAAGACUUUCCUACAGUAUGAUGUUGCUUACUGUUACAAAACACAACACAGCAGAAGUGUUGAGCAACAGUUCAGUGCCUAGAAGAUGCCCUCGAGUGGAGGAUGUUCCCAUUAAUGAGCAGGGAUAGUAUAGUACCCAAUAAGUGGUACAAAAUCUGCUCUCGAGUGACUUGCUGGUUCAGGAACUGGAAACAAAGCAGAGUUGCUUCUUCGAUCACUAUUCACGUCUGGCCUAGAUGAACCGUGACGGGAAGCUCACUGUUAACUACCUGGUGGCGUCCUCAGCAAGAGAUCUGUGCAGGGUGAUCUGGCAGUAUCAGUCUAAUUCCUAAAUCACCGCCCCGGCAGUGCUUGGUGAGCCCGGAGCCAGCUUCCACAUGAAGGCAGACAGAUGUAUGAGUGUAAGACCACAGAGGCCGAAGUGCUGUCACCCGAAAGGUGUCCCCUCGGGAGAAGGGUCAUGACACAUUGACACAGUGGGGUGUGGGAAGCCGUUACUCUGUCAUCUUGUCUGUGGAUGAGGAGAGCACUGAUGCUCGCAGCUCUGGUUUCUUUCAUUGGCCCUGUAUUUGCUCAGACUGAAGUGAAAAAAAUAAAGAACUGCAUCUGAACGUGUGCCCUGGGUUAUCAUUUGUAGCAGUGAGUUUCCUGCUGAAGGAACGCUGUUAACUCUUCCGCUGCCUUUCUCUAUUGCAAUUUGUAAUGGAAACAGAAUUGAAAUUUUCGUGGACGUGCCAGUGUUCCAGUGAGGAAGUAUUACACGAAUCAACAAUUUUAUCACAAGGUACCACCUGUCUGGGCAACACCCAGUUGGUUAGUUGUUUUUUAACAAUCAGAAUUUGACCUAUUUCCAGCUUGUUUAAAGAGUUCCUUAAAUUCUCAGCAUGAAUUUAAAAUGGAUUGUCCAAAUUCUCAGUGUCUCGGUUUCUGUUGUGUUAGAUCUACAGUAGCAGCCUCCAAACUCCCAAGGCACUCUGUUUUCUUCCAAGGUCAUUGGGUGAAAAGGGUAUUUUUCACAAUUGCGUUACACUGAUUUUCAUGAUUCCAGUUUACAGACAAAAAACAGCUGUAAGACACUGCGCCGUGGUGAGGUCAAAUGCGGUGAGGAGCUGGGGUGUUUGAGGGGGGAGCAAGCAUAUUCCAAAUAAUCAGCAGGAACUGUGAGACAAAUCAUGCCGUCCUUACUUUCACAAACCCUCACUGACUUCAGUGGGAGUUUUGCCAAAAUAAGGUCUGCUGGAUUUAGCUCUGUAUUCUUCCUCCUGACAGAACAAGCAGGAAUUAAAGGGCCAGCAUUAGAUUUAUAAGACUCAGAGAAUAAAAAAGAACUGUGAUUACCUAAAAUAACGACUAUUAUCCAAUGCAAAUCAAUGUUGCAUUAGACACAUUCUAAUUUAUAACAGAAAUUAAAUGUUUGUUCAAGUUUUUCUCAAUGCAAACAAGCAAAAUACACAGGUCCUUAGCAAUAUGAUUUGAUUUUCAUUAUAUAUCUAUGAGAGGCUGUCUUGCACAAAUCUAGCUGAAGUAUUCAUGGUGUUUUUCAUUAAAAUACAACUUUAUGCAUUACCUUGUAUUUAAAGGCAUUAUUCAUCUUUGUUAUUUUAACAGUAGUAUAUUUUUACCUUUUUUUGCAUUUCCAUUCCUCAUACUUUUGAAAAAAGCAUGUUUUUGCAGAUUAGGAUACACACAACCAGCAUUUGCUGAAUGCCAAGAACUACAGUUCUGCAAAUGGAUCGCCUCAAGCCAUGUCUAUUAUACUGUUUCAGUUCAGACUGUCAUUACAGAAUAGCAUGUCAUUUUUAAGCGUCUAAAUUUUAUUGCAACUACUCAAGUUUUAAAAACGCUCAUUUAUACAAUAAGCAGUUAUUUAAGUCUACUUUUGAAAGAAGAUAAAGCCAAAUCCUGCACAUUUUGCCAGAAAAAAUUGCAGUUGAUAGGAGUAUGGAAAAUGGGAUCUUAUGAGUUUUCCAAAAUAAAUUCCUUUCUCUCUCCCUACUUCUUUUCCCUGGAAUGGAAUAGAAAAUAUGCCUGGCACUUAGGGAGCAACAACAACAAAACCAGAAAGGCAUACAUCACAUACAAGUAAUAACCACGUAAGGGAAAUAAUGAAGGAAUUAAUCUCACAAUUUCUUCUUUAUAAAUUUUACAACUGGUUCAUACUGAAGAAAACCACAAAAUUGUUGAUUAAGAUUUUCUGCAUUUGUGGGGUUUUAAUGCUUUUUUUUUUUUUUACUGGAUUACUGUUUUUUAAUAGCAGUUGAAAUUCUAGGGUUAUAAAAUAUGAAGAAUUCAGUAGUUUACUUGGUUUGCACAAUUGCAGCAUUUUCUGGCAGGUAAACUAAUGUUUAAGCAUUUCUUCACCGUUAUCACAGAAGUCUCAGAGCCAUUAGUGAAGAAUUACCAAAAGCAAAAAGGCAUGAUUAAUUUGAGAUUCUAAAAAUUGAAAAUCUAAAACUUAAAAAUCACAUGAAAAUUAUGCAUUUGCUUAUCAACUGCUUUUUAAAUGAUGUAUUGCUCCAAGACUGCAUUUUGUGGACUGCAGCAUUCAAAAACUUUAAUUGUUUUAAGUAUUUAUAAAACAUUGUACCCAUUUCCAUUAGUCUGUGCUUUAAAGCUUCCCAUGUUUUUAUAGCAUAUUAAAAAGAAAACAGAACUCUAUCAGAACAUUGAAAGUCACCCACAGACAACCUGUUCCACUAAUAUUUACAUUCCCGUUGCAUCUUUUGUUCUAAAGGAUUUCUCUUUUUCAUUUUCAUUUCACAUAGGCUGAUUUGACUGCUCAGGUAUCUGCAUGAGUGAGCCAUGAAACUGAGAGAUUUAGCUAAUGUUCAGAGGACAGUAAUGAAAACUGGGUAUUUAUUAUUUCACAGGCAAUGACAUCAUCCCAAAACUAAGUCUCCUUGGGAAAGUGUCUCCCACAGCUAAUAACUAGAAAGCAAUCUGAAUUCUUCUAACAGGUGAAGUGUGGCAUACUUCAUAUUGGGUUGUUACUGUUGUGCUUGCUACUCCUUUUAUUUUAUUUACUACACUGUACUUCAACCAUGUGAAAUGUGAAAUGCAUCACUGUAAAAUCUAUACACACUGGAGGUUCUUUUCUGCUUGUUGAUUUAAUUGAAUGAAGUGAAGGUUGAUCAUAAAAUAUAACGAGAGGGAAAGAGAGAACUCAUACUGGAAAAAGCUCUAUAAAUAUUUUACUGGGAUCAUUAACACAACCUUGUAACACUUCAUCCUGUGUAGCGGAAAGAAUUAUACAAUCCUUUUAUGAAAUGUCUAAAAAGUGUUUACAAUCCUAUCCCAAAUUAAUGUAGCUUUUUUAAAAAGUGUACAGAAAACAUCCCAUGUCUUAAUUCUGUUACCAAAGUUGUUUUCAAUCUUUGAAGAGAUUCACUUGCUAGUGACUUGGCAGUGUCAAACAAAUGUUCGACUUUUAUUCUGACACUUCUUGAAGAAUUUGAUUGAAACUAUAUAUGUCUAGAUAACACCCAACAAAGUGCUCCUCUUGCGUUUGUUUCAAGAUAUUUUUGGAAACAACAGAGGCGACCUUGGAUGGAGCUGCUUUUCCAAUUUAGGACUUCAUUUGGUCUACGAGAGUAAAAUUAUACUCUUUAAUCCUUUUGUGUACCCACAAAUAAGACAGUUUUAUGCUGUUGUAGAACUGUUUUUCUGUACCUUCUUUGCAGUGUCGAUCUGUUUAGGAUAAUUAUUUUAGGUAAUCAACAGUUACUUUCAAAUGUAAUAUAAAUAAUGCUCUGAUGUAGCACAUGUCCCUUAAAAAUACUGUGUAAUCUAAAUGAACAGUGGUCCUUUAUGUAAUGCUUUUGCUUCUUUAGAACUAGCGUUAAUAAAUAAGUGUUACCCUUUGUCUUUGAUUAUAGACAUGAAGAAUCUGAUUUCAAGCCAGAGCUCACACAGACUUGAUGUAAAGUCUAAAUGAGGAGAGCGGUAAUGCUGGCGAAUGCUCUGUGGUGGGACUGCCACCUGUCCGGGUCACAGGAGAUAUAUUGUUUGUCAAGCUUCAAGUUUAAAAGCCAAGGUUAGGAGCCAGGUUCUCUGUCCAUCUACAGUGCAGUGAUUGUUUUCUUCUGACUUUGGUUUGCCAGUUGUGGAAUUGUAUCUGUAGAAUUUUAUUAUAUCUAAUCACUUAAGAUGUUUUAAAUAGUUUGCACUUCAUUUUCUAUAUAAUCAAUAUAUUUUAAUUCAUUUGUAUUACUCUCUGUUAUACUGUACUCCAAAAUGGAAUUAGUUUGUUGCAAUGAUAAUGCAGUUUCAAUGCUGUGAAUAAAACCAGAAUUGACAGAG